AUGUGGACACCAAUGGUCCACACCCUGAUGAAGGCACCCAACAACAAGGAGACCAAUGACAAACUGAAGGCCAGGUACCUGGUCCUGGUGGGAAAGCUUUUAUGGACCUCAAACACCAUCCAGCCAGACAUCACAUUUGCAGUCAACACCCUGGCCUGCCACAUGUCCAAACCCACCAAAGGGGCCAUGCAAGUGGCUCUGUGGGUGGUGAAUUAUCUGAAUCAAAUGCACAACAAAGUCCUGAGACUUGGCAGCAAAAACAAAGAUGAACCACCCAUUGCCAUCUACACAGACUCAAACUGGGCCUCUGACCUGAAUAUGAAUAGGAGGAGUACAUCAGGCUCAAUUGUAAAGGUGUUCAGCAGCAUGGUGACCUGGAGUUCCCACAUCCAGAAAUGUGUCUCAGAUUUGGCCAUCAAAGCAGAGUAUGUGGCAGGAUUGGCAGCCACACAUGAGGUCCUCUUCCAUCAGCAUCUGCUACAAGGGCUUGGUUUUGGAGACCACAUGCUGAUUGUCUUCAUGGACAACACCAGAUGCAUCCAAGUGGUGAAGGACCAAGCAAUACAUUCAAGACUCAAGCACAUCAACACCAAGUAUCAUCUCAUCCAAAACCACAUCCUGGAGGGUGAUAUUGUCAUGUGA